GAGCCCCAGCCGAGCAAGCUAGUCAGCCGCACACUUCAUCUGUCAUCCUACGGGGGGGGAAAAAAAUCUCAACUCUUUCGGCGUACACCAAGGACUUGACAGCUAGAUUUUUGUUUUUCUUUUUUGGACUACCAGGCUUUCGAAGACUAAGAAGCCGGUGUCGUGUCGCGUAAUUUAGCCGGCGAAAGUGCCUGUUUUGUUUAUUUCUUUCCUCCCUCAUAAAAGUAACCAUCAGAAUUCCACCUCGUCGCAAUUGAGCUAACCAGCUAACAUUAGCUUGCUUCUCCGACGCGUAAAUGCGUAUGACACGGCUUUAAAUACAUCCCAAAAGCGUGUAUUCUGCUUUAUUUGUCCUCUUUAACCCCGCUGCGAUGACUUUCUGACCGCCAAGAUACUUUUUAAUCCCCCCCCCCCACCCCCCAAAAGGAAGGAGAGACUUAACGAGCGAGCUAAACUGAGCUAACCCAAGAGGCGCCGCGCUAGCAGCAACGACACCCGGGAUUGGACACGUCGCCAACGGCGAGGAGGAGGAGGAGGAGGUGGGGGUGGCGGCCUAAGGCUUGACAGCAACCCCCGGCCAAGGCAGGCUCGGAGAGGCCCGCAGGCCGCCACUCUGCGGGGGCACAGGCGUCGCUGAGCCGCGGGGAGACACCGGCUUGAAGGGAGGAGAAGGCGGAAGACGACGUGGACCAGGCAAUUUUUUGACAAGUGGGAUCCGGGAAGUAAACCGGGCAGUGACCUCAUGAAUGGAAAUCGGAACUACAGGAGCCGUUGGGGCCCAGUCCCUGUUCGCCAUGCCUCGGCGGCCCGGCUAUGGCACCAUGGGAAAGCCCAUCAAGCUGUUGGCCAACUGCUUCCAGGUGGAGAUCCCCAAGAUGGACGUCUACCUCUACGAGGUGGACAUCAAGCCUGACAAGUGCCCGCGACGAGUUAACCGGGAGGUGGUGGACUCCAUGGUACAACACUUCAAGGUGACGAUCUUUGGGGAUCGCAGGCCAGUCUAUGAUGGCAAGAGGAGUCUGUACACGGCCAACCCGCUGCCUGUGGCGCCCACGGGGGUCGACCUGGAUGUAACUCUGCCGGGCGAGGGGGGCAAAGAUCGUCCUUUCAAGGUGUCCAUCAAGUUUGUGUCUCUGGUGAGCUGGCACAUGCUGCAUGAGGUGCUAACGGGCCGCAGCAUGCCUGAGCCGUUGGAGCUGGACAAACCCAUCAGCACCAACCCAGUGCAUGCCGUGGACGUGGUGCUGAGACACCUGCCGUCCAUGAAAUACACGCCGGUGGGCCGUUCCUUCUUCUCAUCUCCGGAGGGCUAUGAUCACCCUCUGGGCGGAGGCCGGGAGGUGUGGUUCGGCUUCCACCAAUCGGUGCGCCCCGCCAUGUGGAAGAUGAUGCUAAACAUUGACGUGUCAGCCACCGCCUUCUACAAGGCCCAGCCGGUCAUCCAGUUCAUGUGUGAAGUACUGGACAUACACAACAUAGACGAGCAGCCCCGCCCUCUCACAGACUCGCACCGGGUCAAAUUCACCAAAGAAAUCAAAGGUUUGAAGGUGGAAGUGACGCACUGUGGAACCAUGCGGAGGAAGUAUCGUGUCUGCAACGUGACCCGCCGGCCAGCCAGCCAUCAAACGUUCCCCCUCCAGCUGGAGAACGGCCAGACCGUGGAACGCACCGUAGCCCAGUACUUCAGGGAGAAGUACAGCCUACAGCUCAAAUACCCCCACCUACCCUGUCUCCAAGUUGGCCAGGAGCAAAAGCAUACCUACCUGCCGCUGGAGGUGUGUAACAUUGUAGCCGGUCAGCGAUGUAUCAAGAAGCUGACUGAUAAUCAGACGUCCACCAUGAUCAAGGCCACAGCUCGCUCUGCGCCUGACAGACAGGAAGAGAUCAGCAGGCUGGUACGCAGCGCCAACUAUGAUGCCGACCCGUUUGUCCAGGAGUUCCAGUUCAAAGUGCGCGACGAGAUGGCCCACGUGACGGGGCGAGUGCUACCCGCUCCCAUGCUGCAGUACGGCGGCAGGGUGAGCACAGAGCACUUUAUGAACCGCACAGUGGCCACGCCCAGUCACGGUGUCUGGGACAUGAGGGGCAAGCAGUUCCACACUGGUGUGGAGAUUAAGAUGUGGGCCAUCGCCUGCUUUGCCACGCAGCGCCAGUGUCGGGAGGACAUUCUCAAGGCGUUCACAGACCAGCUACGCAAGAUCUCCAAGGACGCCGGCAUGCCCAUCCAGGGCCAGCCGUGCUUCUGCAAGUAUGCCCAGGGAGCGGACAGCGUGGAGCCCAUGUUCAGACACCUGAAGAACACAUAUGCCGGACUGCAGCUCAUCAUUGUCAUCCUCCCCGGCAAAACCCCUGUCUAUGCUGAGGUGAAGCGUGUGGGAGAUACUCUGCUGGGCAUGGCCACGCAGUGCGUCCAGGUGAAGAACGUGGUGAAGACGUCCCCCCAGACCCUCUCCAACCUCUGCCUCAAGAUUAACGUCAAGCUGGGGGGCAUCAACAACAUCCUGGUGCCUCACCAACGGCCUUCAGUGUUUCAGCAGCCAGUCAUCUUUUUGGGAGCAGAUGUGACACAUCCACCUGCCGGAGAUGGCAAGAAGCCCUCAAUUGCAGCAGUGGUGGGUAGCAUGGACGCCCACCCCAGCCGCUACUGUGCCACCGUGCGGGUGCAGAGGCCCAGACAGGAGGUAAUCCAGGAUCUGGCCUCAAUGGUCCGUGAGCUGCUCAUCCAGUUCUACAAGUCCACGCGUUACAAGCCCACCCGCAUCAUCUUCUACAGGGAUGGAGUGUCUGAAGGCCAGUUCAGACAGGUGCUGUAUUACGAGCUGCUGGCCAUCCGCGAGGCCUGCAUCAGCCUGGAGAAGGAGUAUCAGCCGGGCAUCACCUACAUCGUGGUGCAAAAACGCCACCACACACGCCUCUUCUGCGCGGACCGCAACGAGCGAGUUGGACGCAGUGGAAACAUUCCUGCUGGUACGACCGUGGACACUGACAUCACACAUCCUUACGAGUUUGACUUUUACCUCUGCAGUCAUGCUGGAAUACAGGGCACCAGCCGGCCCUCCCACUACCACGUGCUGUGGGACGACAACUGUUUCACGGCCGACGAGUUCCAGCUGCUCACCUACCAGUUGUGCCACACCUAUGUGCGCUGUACCCGUUCGGUGUCCAUACCCGCGCCUGCCUACUACGCCCACCUGGUGGCCUUCCGUGCCCGUUACCAUCUGGUAGACAAAGAGCACGACAGCGCCGAGGGCAGCCAUGUGUCAGGUCAGAGUAACGGUCGAGACCCGCAGGCCUUGGCCAAAGCUGUCCAGAUUCACCACGACACCCUAAGGACCAUGUACUUCGCCUGAGCUGCAACCCACCCACUUACCACCCCCAUUUCCAUCCUCCACGCAUAAACACUCACACACACAGCCAUUCACAGAUGGCUUGACAGUCAGAAAGUCCUCACACACACUGUCCUAGUCAAUCCGGACCCGACACUGUGCAGAAGGAAGCAGGGAGGAGGAAGGCGGCACCCCACACUGGAUUGAGGAUGCAAAAACGCUGCUUUAACCCAGAAAAAAGAAACAAAACAAAACUCAGCACUAAUAUGCAAUAGAAACCAGCCAACUCAUUUUAUUUCCAUCCUUAUUUUCUUUUGUGUUUACUUAUAUGCUGUAGUAUGCCCUCCCGCCCGCUUCACAUUCUACCAAGCUGCUCCCCAGCACCUCGAAUCGGUUAAUAAGCAGCAGCACUUUUACAUUCUUUUGUAUGUGUGUUUUUUUAAGCAAACAAGGGAGUAUAGCAGAAGGUUCUCAGAUUUCGAAUUCAUUUUUCCCUGCUUCCCUUCCUCCCUCCCUUUCAUGAAAUAACCAGUUCUUUGAGCACACUGCCACCAGAUGGCUACGAGGUAAAAUGGCCUCCCCUAAAAUGCCUCACUAAAGCGUCCUGUUCUACUGUGGGUCAAACCUAAUUUUAACAGUGAAUCAAUUCGACCAUUAAAAAUCUGGAUUGUUUUUUUAAAUGUGAAAAAAAUUCAGGUUAAAACUUCUUCUGCUCACCUUAUUUUGUUUUACUUUAAAAAAAUAUUUUUGUUAAAUUGUUUUUUUCUUUCUUUCUUUCUUUCUUGCAUUACCCUCUAGUGAAAUAAUGUUGGUUCUCCUGUUCUGUUGCUGGUACAAUUGACCAUUAAGAAUCAAAAAAAUGUUUAUAAAGUUAUACACACAUUUUAGGGUUACUACCCUCGUCUUUUUUUUUUCUGUUUUUGUAUUUUAUUUUAGAUUUGUAUUUGUUUUUGUUAUUCAGGAAUUUGCAUUUGUUUGCAUUGCCUUCUCGUGAAAUACCAGUAACUAGUUCUUUGUUUCUCUUGUGCGACUUUGGAUCAAUUUGACGUGUAAAAAUCAAGAUUUUGUUUUUGAAUAUACCAAAAUUUCAGGAUAUCUUAUUUCGUUGGUCUUAUUCAUAAAAAGUAUAUAUUUUGGUAUUAUUUUUGGAUUUGCAUUUUUUGUGUAUGAUUAAUCAAAUAGCAGGUCAAAUUGAUCCAUGAAAACAAACCAAAUAUAGCAGGAGGGUUAAACUUAAAAUGGGUUAAUUUGACCAGCAACAUAACAGGAGGGUUAGACUUUACAAUGGGUCAAUUUGACCUGCAACAUAACAGGAGGGUUAAACUUUACAAUAGGUCAAUUUGACCCACAUUGUCACAGUUGGGUUAAACUUUUCAUUUCAAUUUAACCCACAACAUAAGACGGUUAAACUUUACAACGGGUCAAUUUGACCUGCAGCAUAACAGGAGGGUUAAAGAUAUCCACUGUCACUAGUUUCUUGUCUUGAUAUAUUCAUCACAGUCAUCUCUGGACUUAUUUCUUAUUUAAAGUAUAACACUGUUGUUUCUUUUUAUAUCCCCAUGUCGUUUUUAUCAUGUGAAGCUUUGACAUGUUCUUUUAACUUGCUGGAACCAUUUUAUUUUCCUCGCAGCGCUUUAUUUUUCCUCCUUUUGAGUGGGAGAUCAUGUCUGAUUGUCUCCACUUGUGCAAUAAUGUGCAGAAGGAAGGGAAGAGUGAAAUAAUCGAAGUUUGGCGAGAGGUUCGCAGACUGUCAGGCACUUUUUCAGUUUUUUUUUUCCUGUUUUGGGUGUGCAAAGUGCAGUUUCGGCGACGUUUCACAUUCUUACUUGAAGGAUUUAUACGCGUGCGUCGUUUUGGAAUUCCUGAAGAAUUACUUAUUCUGGACCUGAAUUCAGCAUCAUUGAGUACAAAGGCCAUAAAAGAGAAGACGGGAGUAUUUAAGUGCCUGGUGGAAUUGUGAAUCGCGCCAUGCCGAGCGGGCGAAAUAACAAAAAAAACGACUAAAGUUUCACCCGAUGCCUCGUGUUCUUCUCGGCAAACCGACUUUUCUACACAACUUCAUCAUCCUUACGUCGGUGUGUGUAUAUCAUGUUUUAGCCUGUACCGCAGUGUUAGCUGGUAGCUUUGCUUGGACACAGCAGUCCAAUUGUCUUAUCAUCAUCAUAGUUCUAAGUUGAGACUGGCUUCAGAACCCCCCCCCCCCAAAAAAAAAGCUGAAGAGUCGAGUGGCUGACCAGUUUUCAUCCGGUGUGCUCUGUUAAAAACAUGUGGUCACCACUCGACUCGUCUGCACUGCUGAUGGUCUGAAGCUUUUUUUGUUUUUGUUUUUUUUGUGUGUUGGGGGCGGGGGGGUAGUAUGGAUAUUGCUUUACAAAAAUAUCUGCACUAAAAGAAGCAUGUGUUCUGGUUGUGAACACAGGCGUGGUGCUCGAACCGAUGGAGAAUCUGAACUAGAGACUAAUGGGCAGGUUAGGAAAAGCAGGAAAGCUCAGGGCACCCCCCGGUAGCCUGAUGGGUGUGGGAUGACCCUCCCACUACUGUGUUGGGUGUGAGACAGGCACCAUUUCCCAUCCCGGGUGAUUUUGUGAUCGUCCUAGGACACUGCUGGGUAUCAUAUUACCCCAGUGGUGGGCUCACCCAAAAUACUCCAGUGGGUGUGCGAUAGUCCCUCCUACUCGCGUGUGGGACUUCCCGACUUCCCUGGCCCCACUACCCGGUUGGGUAUUGCUAGGCCUCCACUACCCCACUAGGUUUAAGGCUGGCCCCAACACCCUGAUAGGUGUGAGAUGGCUUCCCUCUACUCGGGUUGGUGUGGGAUUGGCCAUCUACAUAUUUUGGGUGAUGUGAUGGGCGGCUUCCGGCUUGGUGACUGUGGUACGGCCCUGCCACCCUGGUGGUUAUGGAACAGUCCCCACUACCCUUUUUGGGUGUCGGACCACUCCAGCUACCCUGGUGAAUGGUGAUGGUGGGAAAGCGCCACUACCCUGGUGGGUAUUGGAUGCCCCCCACUUCCCUGAUGAUUUUGGAUUAUUCCCACUCUCCUGAUGGAUGUUGGACAACCCCAGUACCCUUUUUGGGUUCAGGAUGGUUCCCAUUUCCCUGUCCUCUAUGGGACAGCCACCCAGUACCACGGUAGAGGUCUAGAAUGUGGGGGUAGCCCUGAAAACGGUACAGUCUGGAAAACGUGUGUUGUCUAUAUAUCCGCUGUUGCAUUGGACUACCGUCAGAAGGCGUUUCCCUCCAGCGUGGAAGCUUGCGGUGGUCUCAGCCUCUGUGAUGAAAAGCCUUUUAAAAAAGCCAGAUCAAAAGUAUAUUUGUACAUUUGAAAUGAUGGAAUGCACACCGAUUAUUUUUGCUAACAGUUUAAAAAAGAUGUAGUCUAAUUAUUCUUAGUAAUAAAUGUAUCAUCGUAUGUUAUGGUAAAAAAACAAAAAAAACCAAAAAAAACUGUUAAUUACAAAGUUUUUAUUAUAAUUAUUAUUGCAAUAGACUGUUGACUUGUGUCACUGUAAAUUGUAUAGUGUGUAUGUGCAACCGGUGGCGGGUGGUCCAAAAUAGUGACGUGUCUUGACUGUGACUGUCAUACUGUUAGCGAUCGGGUGGCGGACUUGAAACCGCCGACCGGACGUCGAAUGCUAGUUUGUGUAUUCAAAGAGAAAAUAUGUCGUAUGGCUCCUGAAUGUUCUUUUGCUUUUUUUUGUGUGUCCACCCUGGUGCUGACACCUGCUCUUCAACGGGCAAGUGAUCCAUUUUUAAGAUGUCUGAAGACUGAAGUAGGUUUUUUAAUUGUUUUUUUAUUUAUUAUACAUUUUUUUUUUUUUUUUUUUUUUUUUUUUUUUUAAAACAUCUUCACAAUUUGGCAUAUACGGCAGUUGCUGGUGCUUCUCCAUGUAGAGUCUAAAGCUGAACAUCUCUUCAGACUAGUGGGCAGGGUAGGAAAGCUGGAAAAACUGGUACUCAGGUGGGUGUGGCACAGGUAUUUGAGCAGGUGUGUGAUUACCCCCCCCAAUCUCCUUGGUUGAUAGCCCCAACUACCAUGGUUGGUGUGCCACAGUCCCCACUACCCUGUUGGGUCUGAGGCAGUCCCCAAUACUCCGGUGGGUACGGGAUGAUCCCUACUACUUAAAUUUGUGUGACACAAUCCCCACUUCCCUGGUGGUCGUGGGAUAACCCCACUACUCUGCUAAAUAUCACAUGACCUAAACUAACCCAUUGAAUUUGAGGCAGCCCACAAAAACACUGAGUAUGGUACGGCCCCCCACUUCGGUGAUUGAGGGAUAGGCCUUUUAUCCCUGUCUGUAUCAAAUGCCCCCACUACCCUUAUGGGUGUGGGACUGCCCCCACUACCCUACUCUUUCGUUUUGUCCUUUUUUUGCCCACCUGCUGCUGACGCAUGCUCCCGAAUAGGCAUGUUAACCACUCUUAAGAACUGUUGGAAGAUGGAUGUUUUUUUUUUUGUUUUUUUUCCCCCUCCCC